CCCUACAACAGAGAGGAUUGGCUCUCUCACCAGAAUACAAGCCUUCACCUUGAGAACUGCAAACUUCUCCGGACACGAUACCCUCAGUGGGAUGGGGAGGUACCAUCAUUACCAAGAGCCCCAAGGAGCGAUGCCAAGCCCUCACCUUCAUCCUCGGCCCAAACUUACCAAGAACGUCACCAGAGAAGCAGCCGUGAGAUUCCUUCCCGCUCACGCAGCAGCCGAUCUCGUUCUCGCUCGUACAGCCCUCGCCGCUAUUAUGGUUCAGAAAGCAGAAGAGAGAAACGUAGCCGAUCGCGAUCACCGUACAGCUCCAGAUACACUCGCAGGUCUCGCUCUAACUCCCCACGAUACGACCGGCCCACCUCCUCCCGUUACAGAUCACGUUCAAGGAGCCAUGAGAGACGAUCUUCACCGAGGAGGAGGGAUGAGAAACGUCGUGAGAGACGAUCGUCCUCGGAGAGGUCGUCCCCUCGCCGAAAGAGGUCGAGCAGCACAGACAUGCUGACGAAGAAACUGCUGCAGACAACAGCUGUCCAGUCUCUGUCGAGUCAGUCGGACCUGGAGACUGUGGUUAAAACUCUGGCUCCUGCUUUAUUGGCUGAGCUUACCAAGAUGAAGUCAUCAUCAUCAUCCUCAAAGAAGGAGUUGACCACAAAGAAAGCAAAGUCGAGUCUUCAGAAGAGUGAAGCAAGUUCUUUCACAAAGCCAAAGGUUGUUAAAUCUCUUCCUCCAACGAUGGUGAGGCUGCAAGGAGUUCGUACGAGUCUGUCUCAUGGUGACGUGGUCGCUGCAGUGGAGCAGUUUGGAAAAACCAAAUCAGUUGUGUUGUUUCGCUCCAAAGUGGAGGCGGUGGUUUGCUUUGAGAACGCCGAAGACGCCGAGAAACUGAGGAGCUUCAAUAGCAUCAGCAUGAAAGGGAUGCCAGUGACUGUGGUCAGAGAGGAGAAAUCUCCUCCUAAGAAACCUCUUCCAAGUUCUGCAAAGGAGCCAACGAAGCCUCCUGAGCAAAAAUCUAUGAAGUCCACUACCCUCAUGCCUCAAUGCACUAAAUCCACCCCUGAAGGAGCAUCUUCAUCUCUGCCUUCUGCAGCUGACAAACAUAAAGCAGACAAACUAGUCGCUACGAAAAAGGUUUUGGUUUCCAAAGCCAAAAAUCAACCAACCAAGCAAACUGUCAAAAAGACAAAAACAGGCAAAGUAACUGCAAAAGGAGGUGUGAAAUCUGUUGAUGUAAAAAAAGGAGCUUCAAAAGUUGUAGGAUCCAACAAGCUCAACAAACCAGUAAAGAAGCCUGAUGCUGGUGUUUCUAAGAAAGAACCUGAACCUAAAACAUGUGAAACCAGCGCUAAAGAAUCUGUGGUGGCACCGGACGGUGAAACCAAUAAUGCAGCAGCUUCUGCAGUGAAGCCCGUGGCAGAACUUAGCAAACCUGUUGCUGAAGCUAAAGAGGUUAAAAGUAGUGAAUCAUUGGAGCUCGGAGAAACAGGAGUGGUGGAACCCAUGGAGGUUGCCAGUUCUACUGAAGGCAAAGGUGAAAAAGUGACAGAUACAAAGCCCUUACCAACCAAGUCCAGUGAGACUCAUCCACCGUCUACGGUUCAGACUGCAUCCAGUGUGUCUUCACCUGAACCCCCGACUGAUCCACCCGAGAAACCACAGCCAGCCGUUACAACUCCUGAAACCUCCGUCAAAGCUCCAUCGCAGAUCCAACAAGACACCAAACCAGAUCCAAAAUCCCCUGCACCAGAGACCAAGACGGAGGCCUUGCAAACCCAGCAGCAGACGGCAACAGGUUCAGCUGAAGGGGUGGACACCAAAACAAAUGAAAAAGAUGCUGUGACGACCCAAAAAGAUGCAGCACCAACCGUCGGUGUUUCGUCAUCGUCGACUGAAGCAGCAGCACCUUCUUCACCUCCUGUUGCCAAGCUGACUAUGGGGGACGAGAUAGAAAAACAUCUGCUGAAAGAAAGAAUCCAUGCUGUACCGACCCAGAAGGAUGCGGCAUUAACAGUCGGUGUUCCAUCAUCGUCGACUGAAGCAGCAGCGACCACGUCUCUUUCAGCUCCUGUUCCUGCCCUGACUGUCGGGGACGAGAUAGAAAAACACCUCAGUGUAACAAACCUCAGGUUUAUUGCGAGGCGUAAAUGCCUGGCGCCUAAAUUUAGAAAAAGCACGCUGCUGUUCCUUUACAACUUGCCAAAGUAUCAGGACGGCUGCUACACAGAGCAGGACGUCGCCAAUCUUCUCGUCCCGUUUGGGUUUCGGUAUAAAGACGAUCGCAUCUAUGUUAUUCCUCAGACACGCAUGGCUUUUGUCCUCAUGCCAGGUGUGAAGGAGUUACAAAAUGUUCUCAAAGCAAAAGACUCCCAAUGCCUUUUACUCAAAGGGUCGAAAGUUUCGCCGCAUGUGGUGAACAACGCCAUGUCAAUGCACCCGCUCGGCUUUUAUAGAUCUCUGAUGAGACUGGUGCGAUUCCCCGGUAAGGAGGAGACCAGAAUGAUCUUCAUCAAGAACAUCUCACCCAGCGAGGCCAGAGAUCUCAGGAAAACUAUCACGGAAAUCACAUCUGUCAGAAACUACCUGCCUCUUCUCAACAAGGUGUUCAUCGAGUUUUAUUCCCUCCGUGAUGCUUAUCAGCUCAGAUUUUGGUACAGCCGCCUGAAACAGGACAACAGCUACAAGCUGUACUGGAUAGGAAUUCCAAAAGACGUGAUUACCCUGCGACCAUCACCACUGAAACCAAACGGCGUACUGGACAGAAGAGACGCUGCUGCCGGGGCAUCCGUCCCAACAACAAGAUGUGGAGUUCAGUUUGUGGAGAGCCCCGGCAGAAACAGCACAAGCUCCAGAAGUGUAAAAAAUAAAGACACAGCACGAGGAAAGGAUCCAAGUGAUUUCACAGCCGACGUUGAUUCCUCAGACUUCUUUUCAUUCGACGAGCAGAGUUUUAACUUUGACGUCGACGACAUCCAAAGCUCCUCUUCAUCGAGGCGGACCUCCAGAGAAGGACGAGGGCGAGAAAGCUCCGACGCUGCCAAACAGACCUCAACCAGGUCCUCUAAAGACUCCAAGAGCUCGGCCUCUUCAUCCUGCUCUUCGUCCAAACCCACUAAAGCCUCCGUGAGAAGCAGCUCAUCUUCUAGCUCAAAGUCUGCGUCGCCAAAGAGGCACCAAGACUCAUCAAAGCCCAGCAGAUCCCACAUCAAACCCUCUGCUGCUGGUAGAACCUCAGCUGAACCUCCGGUCUCCUCCGGUCACAGAGCUCAGCCGAGCAGCACCAAGUCUCCAGCCAGAGCGUCGCAGUCUUCAUCCUCAGGCCGCCGGACGCGAUCAGCAAAGACGGCAGCAGGAAGUCAUCAGUCGCACAGAGAAGAGGAAAAACCCACAGAGAGCGCAGCGGCAAGGUCUGACCACCAGGUGUCAGCAGAGAGCGCUGCUGCAAAAACUGUGGAGUCAGAGACGGAAACAGAAGCUUCAUCAGAGAUGCUUCCUCCUGCACAGAGACAGGAGUCAGAGGUGACGAGUCGAACACAGAGUCUGCAGAACGAGUCGCUCAGAGAGGAGGAGAUGAGCAAAGAAAGGAAAAAGGAGGAAGCUGACAAACACACAGAGGAGGAGGAAGAAGAAGAUUACCAAAUCCUGGAUUCAGUGGAGGAGCAAACAGACGAACAGAUGACUGAAGAGAAUCCAGAUGAAGCUCAGUCAGAGCAGAGACUGGAUGAUGGAGUCCAGCAGGUCCUGGACAGGGUGGAGGAAGAAGGUGGAGCUCGUCCAGAGGAAGGAAACGCUUCAGUCCGUGUGCUGGAGAGCAUCACCGAAGACCAGGAAGCUGCAGCUGAAGACGACCAACAUCCGAUGGAAGUGAAACAGCCGACGGAUAAAAACCCGAGCAGAGCAGUGGACAGCUCUGAUAAAUCUGCUGCUGAAGAUUCAGCCGAUCAGAAUCAAGACACAAGAAGCAGGAAAUCUGCGAGGAGCGGAGAAAGGAGGACCAGAGACCAAGAAAUGCCUUCAGAAGAAUCCUGCAAAGCCUUCAAAGAUGCAGGUGGAAGCCCAGACAGUAAAGAAAAGCCUCCCAAAGGCCGAGACGACAAAGACGCUUCAACUGAUGUUUCUGAACAAGGAACCUUUGAGAUUCUGGAUUCAGUGGAAGAUCAGACCAGCACAGAAGGAGACGACCAGAAACCUCCCAGUGAGCAGAAACCUACAGGAGACACAACCACAGAAGAAGAUCUGUUCCAGGUGAUCGAUUCUGUGGAAGAUCAGACAGAGACGGAGUCAGAGAGCAACAACAAAGAGAGAAGAACCAAGAGAGGAGAAGCAUCGGCAACUAAAAGAGACGAAAGACCAAGCAGGAGGACCCCGAGGACCAGAACAUCUCGGAGUGAAGACAAAGAGAAAUCACCAAAGAAAGCAGACAGGACGGUCAGAAAACACGAGACUGGAACAAAGGACAGCACUGCAGGAAAAGACAAGAAGGAGGACAAGGAAGAGACACUCAAAAAGACGGUAGAUUCUGUGGACGGAGCCUCCACCACAGAAAGGUCUGGUAGAAGAAGAUCCACCAGAGGAAACAAAGAGGAGAAAAAGACGCCGAGUCACACAGAAGCCACCGAAAAGCCCGACAGAGAAGAAGAGAUCACCUACGAGAUUUUAGACUCCGUGGAGGACGAGGCCGCCGUCGACGAACCCACCGUCAGCACGAGGUCCACCAGAGGACGAAGCCAAAGAACGAGCCGGAAAGAAGCUUCCAACGCAACAAAAGACGACACCAGAAGGAGACGAACACCUGCCAGAGGUUCACAGAAACCAAACGAGGAGAAAGCAGCUGCAAAAGAGAGAACACCAACGAAGAAGAAGAGCGGCGCAGGUGAGGAGGAGGCCACCUAUGAAAUAUUAGACUCUGUGGAGGACGAUCAGCCAACAACUGGAGGAAAACCACGAAGGGGACGACCAAAGAAAGACGUUAAAACGGCUAAAAAACCCAACAAAGCAGCCGCCGCAGACGAAGAAGAAGAAGAAGAAGACGCUUAUCAGGUUCUGGACUCUGUCGGGGACGAAACAGUGGACGAUCAGCGUCACACAGACGAAUCCAAGAGUCCAGUUUGUGAAGAUGACGGCAGAAAAACAAAGAAAAGCUCAACAUCGUUGAUAAACGAGGAGGAGGAGGAGCCGAUGUACCAGAUCGUAGAUUCUCUGGAAGACGAUCAAGAAGAGAAGACGAACACAGAAGAGUCAGACAGACGGACGACGGAAAGAAGCUGGACUAAAGAUGAAGAUCCUGCAGCAGAAACAGGAGACCUAGAACCUGGAGGAACCUCAGCAGCAGAAGCAGUGGAGGAGAACCUGCAGCAGACAGGUGAGCUUCAUCCAGCUGCUGCAGAAAACAAGGAAAAGAGUCCAGAACCAGACGAAGCCUCGACCAAGAAGAAACAGGAAGCGGCUUUGGAAAGCUCUCUGAACCUGGACGAAGUGAGCGAAGAGGAGGAGGAUUACCCCGACGACAGCACCGAGGAGGAGGAGCUGAAGAAGAAACAGAAGCAGAUGAAGAAGCAGCAUGAGGAGAGGAGGAGCAGGGAGAGAGAGGAGAGGCAGCCGAGGAGUCGCAGAAGAGGAGAAGGAAGCAGCGUCGCCGUGACGACCAGGAUGGAGGCCGACGGCCAGCAGCUGCUGACUCUGGAUGAGGUGGGAGGAGACGGAGACGGGCGGCGUCCGGAGAUCACGGAGGGAGAGCUGCAGGAACUCGUCACUCUGGAUGAGAUCUGUGAAGAAGAGGAGGGAAAGGCGGAGCUCAGCAUGCCAGAGCCCCGCCCACUCGGCCAGGAGAGCCAAUCAGAGGCCUCCUCAAACCCACAGGCUGCAGAUGAAGAAGAAGAGAAAACCUCAAAAUCUGUUAAACGGAAACACGAAGACGACGACAGCAGCGCAGUUCUGGAGCAAAGCGUGAACUUUGUGACGGUGGACGAGGUGGGAGACGCCGAAGACGAGGAGAAGGAGGAGACAGAGAAGGAGGAGACGAAGGAGGAGGCGAGGACACCCAGGACCAGAGGCCGACCCAAGAAGAGGAGCAGACAGAGUGCUGUGAGAAAAUCCACCAGAGGGAAGACGGAGACUCCAGAAGAAGAAGGAAGCGUGGAUUCUUCUGCAGCGCAGAGCGACGAGCCGCCCAUCCCGAGGACGGAGGUGGAAGCAGCGAGUGGAGCCCAGGAGGAGGCUGCCUCUGCUGGGCAGCAGCUGGAAGGACAUCUGGAGGAGGAGGAGGGACGGAGCAGCGACGCCGACAAGAAACGCAGGAAGCAGCUGAUCGGACCUGAAGCUAAGAAACCUCGAUGUCAGUCUGCUGGUGGAGAAUUCAGUCUGCCUCCAUUCAGCAGCAGCACACCCCUGGGUGUGGAGUUUGUGGUUCCUAAGUCGGGUUUUUUCUGUGAGCUGUGUUCUGUUUUCUACCUGAAUGAGAUCAGCGCCAAGGAGACGCACUGCAGCAGCCAGAGACACUACGACAACCUGCAGAAACGUUACCAGAGGCUUCGACAAAAACUUUCAAGAACGUCGACACAAAACCCUUAAAGCUCCAGUUCUGAUUGAUCGACUGGAACGGCUGAUUAUUGUUUAAUUAAAGGAGAAGCUGGACAACAGAAAUGGAAUGAGACUUCCAGCUGUUUGAUUUAAGUUCCACGUCUUCCAUCGUUAUUAUUUCAGCAGUUUUAACGCUGUUACACUGAAAAUGGACAUAAGCAGAAACAUCUUUAAAAUGUUAAACCUGCAGCAUCGAUGAAACGUCCCUGGAAAGAUCUACGAACUAAAUGUUGUGUUUCAGCUUCGAUUGACUUUUGAUCAGUGCCUUUUUCUUUGUCGGCUGCAGAUUUAGCGCUGUCAUCAGUUCUGUUUUUGUUUUUGUUUUGUUUUUUUUUUACAGAUUUUCUCGAAGUUUGCUCUGAGUUUGAGGUAAAUUUGACUUCCAGAUUCCUAAAUACUCGAUUGUUGUGCAGCUUAAAACCAGCAGAAGGCGCCAUCCAUCCAGAAACGCUCCGGGGCUGAUGGGAAAUCGCUGCACAUUUCUGUUCAGAUGUUGAAGGUCGAUUUGUUGGCAAAUGUAGAAUUCAAGGCUCUUUAUUCGCUGCCAUGCUAAUGCUAACACACAUCAGCUCCUCAGCUUAGAACUGUUCCAAGAAAUGUUUGUACCUUCGAAGUGACUCAUUUAUAUGAAAUAUCUUUUAUUUAACUGUAAACAGUCUGCAGAAAUGAUGCUCUGGUGUUUGUUUUUUUAUGUUUUCAUCCAAAUGAAACUGUUAUCUUGACAGUCAGGUGCAAAGCGCCUCUUUUUUUUUUUUUUUUUUUUACUGUCGUUUUGUACAUAUUUGUAAAACUCAAAGAAGUUACGACUGUAUAUGUAAGAAUCUGUUUUCCAGAGUAAAUAAAAAAGGUUGUUCUGUU